AUGGGAAGCUGCAGGGAUACGAAUAUGAUAGCUUGCUUAAGCUUUGUAGUUGUUUUGCUGGGUUUGAUGAAGGGUGAAACAGCAGCAGAAUAUUUAGUUGGUAACAGCUUGGGAUGGACUCUUCCCCCCAACACCACCUUCUAUUCCGAUUGGGCUGCUUCUAAGACGUUCCAGUUAGCCAAUGUAGUUACAUUCAAAGUGACUGGAAAUCAUACUGUGUAUGAAGCAACCAAGGGACAAUAUGAUAACUGCAGUGACCUGAUCGGCGGGAUAAGUGAUGAAAUUCAAGAAAUCGUGACUCUUGAUUCUGCUGGCUCUCGCUACUUCGUCUGUACCGUUGGCGAAAACUGUAAACAAGGUAUGAAGAUGACCAUCACUGUAGAAUCCUCGACUUCAGCUCCCAUGCUGCUGUUGCGUCCUUACUACUAG